AUGAAGAGAAAAUUGAAAAUAAAAUUUUUAAAACAAAAAAAAAAAUUUUUCUCAUUAUACGUAAAUAACAAUUAUCUAGUGAUGGAUGUCCGUUCCCUUGUGAAGAGCUGCAAAGACGACAUCGAAGAGUUGGAUACUAAGAAGAGGAUAAUGAGCAUGCUCAUUAUGAGUAAUUAUUAUUACAUCCUGAGCAGUGCCAAGAUAUAUGUGAAGCAUUAUAAACGAUUUAAAUAUUACAAAAUAAUAAAAAAUACUAGGUUCACGUACACAAACGUUACCAGUACAGAAACAAUCUUUCGCAUCUUGUGCCGAAUUGCUAAUCGUGUGUCAUAUACCGACCUUUUGCAAGAAACAAAAACGAAAAAAAAACAUAUCGUUCAUUUCAAGGACACAGCCAAGCAAAAGGAAACAUAUAUCGAUCGAACAAGUGAGGCUGAUCCUAUUCAGCAUUACCUACUCGAUGCAUUUGAAGCAAAUUAUAAGGCCAUCUUGGCUACACUGUCCAGAGCCACUCUAUGGUCCUUAUCAAAUGAAUUGCAGGACUAUUAUUUGAAACAUAAUGAAGACUUUUUUCAUACAUACCACAGAAUAGUUAGUAGAAAAUUUAACAACGAUUUCGAUCUGUUCUUCAAAUAA